GCAAAAGCAAGCAAACAGCAUCCUGUUCCUACCUACGAUCCGAUACAGAAUUUUUCUUCCGAGCGCACAAGCCGAAGCAAUCAGCACCGACAAUGUCGAUGGUGAGGCGGAGCAACGUCUUCGAUCCCUUCGCGGACCUCUGGGCGGACCCCUUCGACACCUUCCGCUCCAUCGUCCCGGCGAUGAUCUCAGGCAACAACAGCAACAACGAGACAGCUGCGUUCGCCAACGCUCGCGUGGACUGGAAGGAGACCCCUGAGGCGCACGUCUUGAAGGCCGACCUCCCCGGCGUGAAGAAGGAGGAGGUCAAGGUGGAGGUGGAGGACGGCAACGUGCUCGUCGUCAGCGGCGAGCGCACGAAGGAGAAGGAGGACAAGAACGACAAGUGGCACCGUGUGGAGCGUAGCAGCGGCAAGUUCGUGAGGCGCUUCCGCCUGCCGGAGGACGCCAAGGUGGAGGAGGUGAAGGCCGGUCUGGAGAACGGUGUGCUCACUGUCACGGUGCCCAAGGCCGAGGUGAAGAAGCCUGAGGUGAAGGCCAUCGAGAUCACCGGCUGAGCAUUGGAGCCAGUUUAGUUGAUGUGUGUGCGAGCUCUGCAACCUCUGCAACCUAAAGUAUGGUACGGUUGUGUCUUGUUCUUGCCGAGUCUGGUGAGACAUCUUUGUAUUGCGUUUCUUUUCCCAGUCGUGUCUCUACUUGUGUGAUCGCCAACAGAUUUGGCGAUGAAUAAAUGAGAAAUAAACCGGUCGGGUUUUGAGUGCAGUGCA